AUUUUUUAGAAACUAAAGUUGAAGUUAUUUAUUAUUUUGUAACAACAUAAAUAAAGAAAUUUAUAGAUGGAUAACGAAGCCAUGGCGACUGCUAAUUCUUAUGUACAGGACGGUACUGGUACUUAUAUCCCAGCUACUCAAAGACCUGACGGUUCAUGGAGAAAAGCACGAAGAGUCAAAGAUGGUUAUAUUCCUCAAGAUGAAAUGCCUUUGUAUGAAAGUAAAGGAAAGCAGUGGGCUAAAAAUCGGCCAGGAGUUCCUGUCGGGUUAGAUCCUGCUUAUGUUGCACCCGUCACUACAAAGAGUAAGAAAAUACCCGGCCUGUCUGAAGCGAACACUAAUGAAACAACUACAAAAUCAACGAAGAAGAAAAAGAAAAAGAGUGACAGUCAAAAAAGUGAUGUGACCAAUAGAAUGGGUAACUUGGACAUUUCGUCAAAAAAUUCAAAUGAUGACAAAAUAUUAACUACAAACAAUAUUCAAAAAUCUCAACCAGUUGCUACAGAUCCCGCAAAGAGAAUUAGGAAUCUGAAGAAAAAGUUGAGAGACAUUAAUGCUCUUAAACUGCGAAUCGAAUCGGGAGAGCUAGCCAAUCCAGAAAAAGACCAACUUGAAAAGAUAGCACGUAAAGAGGAGAUAGAAGCUGAAAUAGAAGAAUUGGAAUUAGAGUUAGAAAAAGUAUAGAAAAUUUUAUAUAACUCCUUUUUUAGAGAAAAAUUCUUUUAUGCUACUUGCUGAAUCCGAUCUUUGCCUUCGAGGUAUUUACAUUUACUACAAGAAAAACUUUCCCGAAACUUAAUGUUUAAGAUUUUGAAAAUUGUGCCAUUUUCAUCUACGAUUUGAGGAAUACUCCCAUCUUAGAAAGUUUUAAUUGCCAUAUUGGUACUUAAUAAACAUUGUAUUUUACAAAGUUAUUCAUCUGUGUGUUUUGAUGCACAAAAUUAGUAGGUGAUAAGUAAACUUCAACAACUUGAGUCAGUCAAAGAAGCUAAGACUUCCAAUUACCAAAAUAAAUCCCAAAAAACAGGAACAGGCGUAUCCUAAAUCUAUACCUAAAUAAAUUUACAUAGCUGCCAUCUCUACUGGAUUUUGCAAGUUUCUCCUAGUCUACUGGUUUAACAAAAAUUCUCCUAGUUUUUACAUUUUAAAAAAAUUCCCUAAAAUUGAGUAAGUUUUCUUAAAAAAACCCUAUUGAAAUAGAAUUUUUGUGCAGGUCAUUGCUUACUUGAAUAUUUAAAUAAGUGUCACUAAUACAUAAUAAGGCGAGCCUCAUUUAUAAAAUUCAAUUAACUAUCUUAGAGGAAUUAAAUGCCUAUAACUAUUCAAAAUUAUGAAUAAACAUAAUAUGUAACAUUUCAAGAUCAUUUAACAUGAAAUCAUAAGUGGAAAGUAUUACAGUUUUUAUUCUCAUGACUAUAAAAAUCGCCUAUGCAUAAAAUAUUUAGUAUAUUUUGCAACAAUUAUCAUGAAAUUUAUAUUAUUUCGUAAAAUCAACAGGAUUUUUUUCUAUCCAUGUUCGCAGGUAUGAAUUUAUAAUUUCAUAUUAUAUUGGGAUAAAACUUUAUUAAGUUUUUAUGUAGAAAAAUAAACUUUUUUCAGUACAUAUUUUGAGACACUUCAGUAAUAAAUGUAGUGUUUACACUGAUGAUUACAUGAAAAACUCCUGAAACAUAGUGUUUAAGAUUUCCAAGAUUGUACUUAAUAUUGAUGUAUUUUACAAAAUUAUUGAACUGUAUAUUUUGUAUCAGAGUUGGCAAGGUUUAGGACAGAAUGGAUUAAUCCGCGGCUUGAACCCCUUUUUUUCAAAACUGUCUUGAACUGUCCAAAACCCUUUUAUUGAAAUGAUGUGACAAUUUCUAAAAAAAAAAUAUUGUGAAAAAUAAGAGGUUAAUUUUUGUACAAGAUGCAAAACGAAGACACGUUUUUGUUUUAUUAUAAAAGUUUAUUAUUAUUUUUAAAAUUGCAUUAUUUUUCCUUAUGUAAGAACAUAAUUUAUCAUGUAUUAAAAGCAUAUUUAAAGGAUAAGGUAUUCACUUUUGUUGUUCAAUGAAUUGUGGAGCUUCAAAAGUUAUAAAUCUUUUCCUAAUAUAUAUUAUUUUCCUUUAAUAAGUUAAAGCAAAUUGUAUAAAAGGUAUCAAAUAUUUAUUAAUCUAUGUAAUUAUUAUGUGUACAAUGGUUACACACAAAGAUUUUUUUACCUUUUACCAGUUUUCAUGGUUUUGGGCACUUUAGGACAGUAAAACCCACAUGUCCUGCCUAAAACCAGUUUAGGACGUUUAAAACCCCAACCCUGUUUUUUACAUUAAUAGGCAGCAAUAUAAAACUUUAACUUGAAUCAAUCAGGAAUGCAAGCUGAAAUACAUCAAGUAAUCAAAAAUGUAUGUUAUCAAAUAUUGAAUGCUAGGCUCUUUUGUUUAGGGGUGUGCCUUUUUUAAAACAUUUCUAGGACUUGAUGUACUCUUUUAAAAUUGGAAGAUAAUUUCAUUGUUAAAAAAAAAUAAUUUGCCUUUUUUUUUUCUUAAGAAAGCUGACUUGCUUUUGUUAACAUACUUUUCUGUUAAAGUAUCCAAAUAAAAUAUUCAAGAUUAAUACGAUAAAAUUAUGACUGAAUGUAUUAUAAAAUGUCCUUCAUUGUUAAAUGUUUGGGUUUUAGAAAUUUAAUUAAUUGAAAAUAAAAAUGAAUUUUCUUUGUUUUUGAUUAUCACUUCAUUCUUGUGUGGUAAAAAAUCAAAGUGAAAUUUGUGCAUUUGUUUUAUAAAAUGUCUUGUAAAUCAUUUAUUCAAGAUAUAUAUAAAAAACUUAUGUUACAUUUUGACUUUCAUUUGUAUCUUAUGGUCUAAAAAUUCAGAAGAAUUCAUCUGUUUACUUUUUGAAUUAUUUUACAUUUGUUUUGAUUGUCCUUCUGGUUUUUAUGUGGUUAAAAAUUAGGAAAAUACUCCUUUACUAUAGAUUUUUAUAAUAAAUGUCUAGUAAAUAAUUUAUUCAAGAUAAGAAAAAAAAUGGAUUUUUUCUUAGAUUUUAUUUGUUUUGUAUUGUAAAAACAGAGCAAACACUUAAUCUAGUAUUUGAAUUUUAAAAUAAGUAAUUGUUUAAAAACAAAUUACUGCACUUAAAGAAAACAUUGUUGCUCUUUUAUAUAAUUAAAAAAAAAUCAGGGAAGUUAGUCUAUGCAUUGAAUAUUCAAAAUAAGUGUCUAAUAAAUGAUUUAUUGAAAGAAA